AUGUUUAACAGCACACCGGACGAUGUUGUGGGUCUGUCGUGGCGGGAGGAGCGAGACUUGCGGAGAGCCAUGUAUGACUCCUUACGUCGGGUUCGCCAGGAGCAACGUCGUAGGCAACCGAACGCAGUUUCGAAGCCUCCGGAGGCGGGGAUAAAUAGUCAACGGAAGUUGCGCAGCUUCUCUAAUUUGCCAAGCGACAUCAGCAGCAGCAGCAGCAGCAGCAGUUCAGCCAAUCGGGCGGUAAUUGGAGACGAGCAACUAUCGCCCAUGCAAUUCCCCAAAUCGCCAAUCCAUCAGAAGCCGUUCUUGCCCCUGGCGAAGGAUACUAAGGGGCGGGAAUGCAGUCCGUCUGGCACAUCUACCAACGUGAUUCGAGGCAGGCGUCCCGUCCCGCGGCCACCUCGGAUCCCUCCAACCUCCCCUUCUAGCCGACUGCUGCAGUUGAGUAAGAAGUUGAAGGCAAAAGCGGCUCGGCGGACGGCUUCGGUG